UAUGGUGGCUUUAAGUUGAAGCAAAUAUUUAGUUAAUUUACUAUUCGGUGAGUUGUUAUAACUUCUACAAAAAUGUGUCUGGACGUGGACGAAGAAUGCCUGAACUGGUGUCAACGGAUGAUGUUGUGGUGUGCUUGUUGUUACUUAGUUGAAAGAUGCUUUUGCGAAGAUCAAUACAAUCAGCGACAGCAGUCCCAACAGACGGUAAUUGUGCAACAGCAACAAACGGUAUUUAUGGUGCAGCCACAGUCUGAUCCGAAUCAGCCACCUCCGUACCAACCGAAUCAACCUUGGCAACAACAGUCUCAGCCGGGAUAUCCUGGCUAUCCGCCACAACAAUCAUCAAGCUACAAUACCGGUUAUAAACCACAACAAGCUGGACCCAAUGCUUUUCAACCAAUAGAAAAACCUGGAUCCAAUUCUGUGCAAACACCAAAAGAACCUGGACCCAAUGCUGUGCAAACACCAGAACAAAUUAAGAAACAGUAAUGAUCGAACGGUUUGUGACUCAGAAAUCCUCCUUUUCGUUUUUUUUUCUAAUUAUUUCGAGGCUACUGCAUGACCAAAAUUGUGAUUUAUGUCAUCAGGUAUGUGAAUUCGAAAACAAUAAAUCGACGAGCGUUCAUUUCAUUGAGUCUCUAACAACACAAUAUUGAAUGUACAAACAGAAUUAAAACAGUGAGGCUAAAAAAAACAACAAAAACCAGUAUGAACAAUACAAUAAUGUGACGAGUGUCAUUCAUUCGUGUGAAUUUUUUUUUGGGAACUAGAAGUAGAGAUAGUAACGAAUUAUGAACAAUGAACGUCAUCAACAUAAAUACAUUUCGCAUGUAGUUAGAUUUAA